GCAAAGACGCACGAGCGGCUGUAGCGCGAGACCGUGGCUGCGUGUAGCUUGACGCACAAGUGUAUAGCCUUGUCAUUUCAAAAACACAACCACACAUACACGAGCAAAAAAAUAUUUCAGCACAAACCAGCCAAAAUGAGGGUCUCGAGCAUUGAUUGUCGCCGUCUGAGGAAAAUCAUCAGGAAGGAAUGCGGGAGCUGUCUCAUUGUGGAUUGCCGACCUUACUUUUCUUUUUCGAACUCCAACAUUACAGGUUCGUUCAACGUGAACCUGAAUUCCGUUGUCGUCCGGAGAUCUCGGGGAGGUCCGGUGCCUCUUCAGUUUGUUAUCCCGGACGAGAAGGCUUUGUAUCGGCUGCGGGAGGGCAGCAUCUCGGCCGUCGUGGCUCUGGACGACCGGACACCUCAUUUCCAAAAGCUCAGAAAGGACAGUGUCGCGCAAAUAGUGAUUAAUACACUCACGGCAAGUGGAGCUAACAUCUGCUUUCUGAAAGGGGGCUAUGAGAACUUCCAUUCCCAAUAUCCUGAACUUUGCACUGAGAUGAAAGUCGUCACGCCGACGACGGGAACCGAAACCGAGAGGGCCAUCCGCGGCCACUGUGAGAAACUACGCUGCAACCUCAAGCCAGAUUACGAUCAGGGCCCUCCCGUGGAGCUGGCCCCUUUCCUCUACCUCGGCAGUGCCUACCACGCGUCUCGCCACGACUUCCUGUCCGAGCGGCGCAUCACGGCGCUGCUCAACGUCUCCAAGCGCGACACGGCGCCGGCUAAGUGGCAGUACGACUACAAGUGGAUCCCCGUGGAGGACAGCCACACUGCCGACAUCAGCUCCCACUUCCAGGAGGCCUUUGACUUCAUUGACCGCGUGAAGCAAGGCGGUGGCAAGGUGUUGGUGCACUGCGAGGCGGGCAUCUCGCGCUCGCCGACCAUCUGCAUGGCGUACCUGAUGAGGACGCGGAGCCUGCGGCUGGAGGAGGCCUUCGACGUCAUCCGCCAGCAGCGGGCCAUGAUCUCGCCCAACUUCAGCUUCAUGGGCCAGCUGCUGCAGUUCGAGGCCGAGGUGCUGUCCAGCGCGCCUCCUGCCUCCUCCUCCUCGGCCGCCUCCUCCAUGGACUCCUCCGCCUCCACCCAUUCCUCCUCCAUCUCCUCCUCCCCUGUCUUCUCUUUCUCUUCGUCCUCGUCUUCCCUGUCCUCCUUGAAGGUGGAGACCACUGGAAGCACGGCCAGGUCCAGGCCCCACAUCCCCGUUCCCUUGCUCCUCCACCAGGAGAACUCACCCACCACACUUGAGUCCUCCAUGGACAUAACCAUCACCACCACCAUCAACACCAACACCGCCAAGGCGAUGGAAGACGUGGGGGUGGAGACGCAAGGAAGCGAGCCCCCACCCACGCCCGCACCCAGGGGACCCGCCUCUCCUCCGUCGUUCUUCAGCGAUGCCGUCUUCGAGCUGGGUGGCGGAGGCCAGAAAAGCUGGGAGGAGUCUUCUCCGCCGUCUUCCGCUGCCGCGGUCUUCUCGUUUCCCACCUCCUUCCUGUCGCCCUUGCCCCCCCUGCAGUCUGUGCCGCCCGUGCGUCACCGUCCGUUCAAGCUCAGCCCCAUAACUGCACUGCCUUAAACGAGUGCUUGAAAUUGACAUUUUGACUCUUAAUUUUGUUGUGUAGACUACUUGAAACUUUGGAAAAAAACACACAAACACACACAGUAGUACACUGUAUGCUGUACAGUUUAUCAGUACAUACAUGUACAUGCACACACAGUCACAUAAACAUACUAUUACUGAAUAACAGUAACGGUAACUGAAAAGAAAUAAGCCACUUUGGCAAAA